GGACACAUUCAAAGUUAUUUCGUUAAAUUUUUUACUUUUUAUUUUUGGAGUAAAAAAUGUAACUGUUUUAAUAUAAACAUCAAUUCCAAGAAUUUACAUGUAACACUAUUACCAAACAAGCUAAUAUCCAUCAAUUCCGUGAGAUGAGAUUUUGGUGUCAAAUCUCAAGAUUCCAAAGUUCCCACUAAAUAUUUAUUUAUGCUUUCAUUAUGAUAUAUAUGAAAUCUAGCUCUUUCUUCAAGUUGAGACCCCUUUCCUACUCUCUCAUAUAUAAAUACUACUCUCAUUGAUCCUCUUCCCAUCUCAAAUUAGCAAUUGCUUCUUAUAACUUCUCUACUCUCCUCAUACACUCCAUAACCUUGUUUUCGUGUUAAUUCUUCGUUGUCUAUACUUUUUCAUUCACUCGUAUUAUUAUGGCCGCCGUUGAGAUUGCAUCAGCAAAGACAGCUCUCCCAGAGCAGAAGAUUCACGAGGAAUCAGUUGAGGUAGAUCAAGAAGAAACUGCAGCUCCUGCUAUUACAACAGAAGUCACAGAAGAGGCCCCAGUGGCAACUGAAACACCUCUGCCCCACCCCGCCACAGAGGCAGAGGAGCCAAAGGAGACGGAAUCAGCUGGGGAGCCAGCACCGGCUGAUCAUCAAGAUGUAGUUGAAGAGAAGCCAAAGGAGGCAGAAACUGCUACAGAUGAAACCCCUGCUAAGGUUGAAGAGGAGGCCCCCAAGGUUGUGACUGAGGAAGAGAAGACUGCUAUCCCUGCAGAGGAGGUUAAGACUACAGCUGAAGAAGAAACACCAAAGGAGGCAGAAGCAGAGAAGGAGACUAAGGAGAGUACUACCGAAGCUGCAGCAGAGGAUCCCGUGGUGGCAGAGCCGGAAGCCCCCAAAGAGGAGUCUGUUAAGACAGAGGAGAAGGCUGUUGGAGCAAGCGAGGUGGACAAAGUUGUUAAUGAAGCAGCCCCUGUUGAGAAAGUUGACGAGUAAUGGAUAUUUAUGAUAAUUAGAUCAUGCAGAGAGAGAGAGAGAGAGAGAGAGAGAGAGA